AUGAAUCCGCAGUUUAUGGUCUCACAGUCAGAGUGGGUUGCCGAACUUGAAUUCCGAGCCACAGGCCCUGAACGAGGAGGCGGAAAUUUACAGUUAUGGUACGCUAAGGACGGUCGGAUGAAUAUUGGAACGUCGAGUAUAUACACCGUUGGCAAUUUUGACGGGAUGGUUCUGGUGAUCGACCCGUAUGGUGGAAAGGGUGGAGGCAUUCGGGGAUUCAUGAAUGAUGGCACUCUCGACUACAAGAAUUACCAUUCAGUAGACUCACUGGCUUUCGGCCACUGCGAUUAUUCCUACCGAAAUCUAGGUCGACCGACCAAGCUUCAAAUCAAGCAGGAGGGCAACACGUUCGAGAUCAUAGUGGACAACAAGCUCUGCUUCUCGACGGACAAGGUCAAAAUGCCUCCUGACUACUACUUUGGUCUUACGGCUGCCUCGGCUGAGACUGCGGAUUCCUUUGAGGUUUACAAAUUCAACCUUUUUACCUCAAGAUCGAUCACUCGAGAGGAGCCUCGCCGUGCGCAGCCUCCCCCAGUGGGACAGCCGGAUAAUCGUGGCAAUGCACCACCGCCUGAGACUCAGGCUCCCUCAACUGCCCCGUCAGACGCUCAAUUCAAUGACCUCCAAAGCCGGUUACAAACAAUGGCCCAAUCAAUAGACAGCUUGUUUCAAGAAGUCAAGCAACUUGCUGAGAAGUCAGAGGGCAGACACUUAGAGCUUUCACGUAACGUCAUAGCCGCAGACAGGCUCAGUUCCAUGGAUCAGAGAUUACAAGGCAUUGAAAAGACCGUUCGCGACUAUCAAGGACAGUUUUCUAGUUUACAGAGCACUCUCAAGGAUUCUCACAGCAGCCUUGUGGAAGGGUUGCCCAAGCAUAUGAGUGAUAUAAUUACCACGAAAGGGCCCCGAAUGGGUCUUUUGCUUUUCGUCUUUCUGGGAUGUCAGGUCCUACUCGCUGGCUCCUAUGUCAUAUAUAAGCGACGGAAGGCUAACGGACCGAAGAAGUACUUGUAA